AUGGGCAACGAGGCGAGCUUGGAAGGGGAAGGGCUCCCCGAAGGGCUGGCGGCGGCGGCGGCAGCAGCGGCAGCCGGAGGAGGGGCUGGCGGGGCGGGGAGCCCCUUGCACACCGGGAUCCCGGCCGGCAUGGAGGCGGAUCUGAGCCAGCUGAGUGAAGAGGAGAGGAGACAGAUCGCCGCUGUCAUGUCAAGGGCGCAGGGGCUGCCCAAGGGAAGCGUUCCUCCGGCCGCUACGGAGUCUCCUUCCAUGCACAGGAAACAAGAGUUGGACAGUAGUCAUCCUCCAAAGCAACAACCAGGAAAACCACCAGACCCUGGGCGUCCAGUGCAGCCUGGCCUCAGUAAAAGUAGAACUACAGACACUUUUAGGUCAGAGCCGAAACUGCCUGGGCGGAGUCCUUCCACCAUUAGUCUGAAAGAAUCAAAGUCCAGAACUGAUUUUAAGGAAGAGCACAAGUCUAGUAUGAUGCCUGGCUUCCUUUCAGACGUUAACCCUUUAAGUGCUGUCUCCUCUGUUGUAAAUAAAUUCAACCCAUUCGAUUUGAUAUCAGACUCUGAGGCAUCCCAGGAGGAAACAACCAAGAAACCAAAAGUAGUUCAGAAGGAGCAAGGAAAAUCUGAAGGAAUCACAAAACCUCCAUCACAACAACCAUCACCCAAGCCAGCCCCUAAACAGCAAGGACCCAUUAGGGACCCACUUCUGCAGGAUGGCUCUCCCAAAUCAGUAUCUUCUCAGCAAGCAGAAAGAAUGAAAUCACAACCUCCAGGUACAGGAAAGCCAAGUCAGGGGCAUGUCCAAACUCCUCAGACAGACCAGGCAAAAGUGCCACUUCAGCGAGAUGCAGCCAAGCCUCAGACUAAACAGUUAGACACAGUUAGAGGAGAAUCAGUUACACCCUCACUGCAAAGCCCAUCCAAACCACCUCUUCAGCAUGCAAGUCCUGGGAAACCUCCAGCCCAGCAGCCUGGACCUGAAAAAUCACAACCUGGGCCUGCAAAGCCCCCAGCUCAGCAACCAGGGCCUGCAAAGCCCCCAGCUCAGCAACCAGGGCUAACAAAACCUCUUACUCAACAGCCAGGGACAGUGAAGCCCCCAGUCCAGCCGCCAGGAACAGCAAAGCCUUCAGCUCAGCCUCUUGGACCUGCAAAGCCUCCACCUCAGCAGGCUGGGUCAGAGAAACCAUCUCAGCAGCCUGGGCCAAAGUCUCUUGCUCAGCCUCCUGGGGUUGGAAAGACUCCAAUACAACAGCCAGGGCCAGCAAAGCCUCCAGUGCAACAGCCAGGGCCAGCAAAGCCUCCAGUGCAACAGCCAGGGCCACCAAAACCUCCAGCUCAGCAACCUGGGCCACAGUCUCCAGCUAAGCCACCUGGGCCUACAAAGACUCCAUCCCAGCAGACUGGUACAGCAAAGGCUCUGGCUCAGCAACUGGGGCCAGGAAAGCCUCCAGCUCAACAACCAGGCCCAGGGAAGCCUCCUGCUCAACAGCCUGGCCCAACAAAGACCCCUGCUCAACAACAGCCUGGCCCAGCAAAAACCCCUUCUCAACAGCCUGGCCCAGCAAAGACUCCUCAAAAACCUGGCCCAGCAAAGCCCCAGUCUCAACAGCCUGGCUUGGAAAAACCCUCAACUCAACAACCUACCCCAGCAAAACCCUCAGCUCAGCAAUCUGCAGAGCCAAUAAGCCAAAUGGGAGCUGGGAAACCUCUGCAGCCACCAACACAGACUCCAUUACAAGGCCUCCCUAAAACCAUCUGUCCUCUUUGCAAUACCACUGAACUUCUUUUGCAUGUUCCAGAAAAGGCCAAUUUUAACACAUGCACUGAGUGUCAAACCACUGUCUGUAGCCUCUGUGGUUUUAACCCCAAUCCUCAUUUAACUGAGAUAAAAGAGUGGCUCUGUUUAAACUGUCAGAUGCAAAGAGCUCUAGGAGGUGACCUGGCUCCAAUUCCGUCAUCACCCCAGCCAAAACCGAGGACUACCCCUGUUCCUCCUACAUCAGCCGUGAGCAAAGCAUCCCCACAGUCACAGCAGGUUUCCCCAAAGAAGGAUACUGCUCCCAAACAGGAUAGCUCCAAGGCCCCCGAGUCUAAAAAGCCACCACCACUAGUGAAACAACCAACCCUUCAUGGUCCUCCCCCAGCCACUGCCAAGCAGCCUUCUGUGGCAGAGUCUUUGUCAAAGCCAACCCCUCCCAAAGAGCCUUCUAUUCCAUCUGAGCAGGCUAAGGACCCUGAUGCUGAUGACAAACCAAAGCAGCCCAAGACAGCAAAGCCACCGGUAGACAUCGUAUCUUCAUCCUCAGCAGCAAAACCUGAUAUUAAGAGCUCCAAAGUGCCGUCACAGGCUCAAGAGGAAACGACUCCACCUCCCAAAGCAGACUCUGCCAAGCCUUCACAGAGUUUUCCACCAACAGGAGCUGCCCCGUUUGAUGCUCAAGCCAUACCUCGACCUGCAUCAGAUUCAAAAAUUAUUUCACAUCCUGGGCCUGGUUCAGAGAGCAAAGAUGAAAAACAAGUUGAUCCAGUUCAGAAGAAAGAAGAACCUAAGAAAGCCCAAACCAAAAUGAGUCCUAAACCCGAUGCCAAGCCAAUGCCAAAAGGGUCACCAACACCUCCUGGCCCACGACCUACCACUGGCCAAACCGUCCCUACAUCUCAACAGCCCCCAAAGCCUCAAGAGCAAUCGAGACGUUUCAGUCUGAAUCUAGGAAGUAUUACUGAUGCCCCGAAAUCUCAGCCUACCACCCCUCAAGAAAGCGUGACUGGAAAACUUUUUGGGUUUGGAGCAUCAAUCUUCAGCCAGGCAUCAAAUUUGAUUGCUACAGCAGGACAGCCCAGCCCUCAUUCCCAAAGUGGGCCAGGGGCUCCAACAAAACAAGUCCCUCCUCCUACACAGCCACCUGCUUCUCAGGGGCCUUCCAAAUCCACGGUUCAGGCACCACCAGCACCUGCAAAGAUUGUACCUGUCAAAAAGGAAACAAAAGCCCCAAUAGCUGAAAAAUUGGAACCCAAAGUUGAACAAGUUCCAACAGUCAAAAAAACAGAAACAGAAAAGAAACCUCCUCCACCUGUUAAGGGUACCAAACCUUCAACAGCUGAGCCUCAAAAGGCGGUUCUUCCCCCCAAACCAGAGAAAACUUCCAAACCAGAAACAGUCUGUCCUCUCUGCAAAACCGCGCUCAACAUAGGUUCUACGGAUCCUCCUAACUUCAAUACUUGCACUGAAUGCAAGAACCAAGUGUGUAAUCUCUGUGGAUUUAACCCUACGCCGCACUUGACUGAGAUUCAAGAAUGGCUUUGUUUAAAUUGUCAAACCCAGAGAGCAAUAUCAGGACAGCUUGGAGAAGUAGGCAAAAUGCCCCCUGCACCGUCAGGACCCAAAGCGUCCCCCACACCUGUACCUACAGAACCGCCGUCUCAGAAAACAGCAGCGCCUCCGCAGGUAAGAGUGAAGGAGGAAGAGCAAGAGGUCAAGGCCGAAGCUGAAAAAGCCCUUCUGGAGAAAGCACCAGAAACUCCUUCCAUCGAAAAACACCCUCCUGAGGCAACCACAGAUCAGAAACAAGAAGAAGGAAAACUGGAGAAAGGCAAAGCUUCAACCGUUCAAGAAAAAAAGCCAGCUCCCAAAGACCAACAUCUACCCCCAGAAGAGAAAAAACCAACCGCGGAAGAAAAGAAGCCGCGUCCCGAAGAAGAAAAGCCACCCCUGGAAGGAAGACCAGCCCCUGAAGACAAAAAGGUACCCCCAAAGGCAAAGCCAUCGCUUCUCCAAGAGGAACAGAAACAGGACAUACCCAAAACUCAAGUGCACAUUACAAAAGAAAAGGGUGAAGACACGGUGGCUGCACAGGCUGUACAAGAAGAGAGGCAGCCACACACCGAGGCCAGAGAUUUGCCAGCUGGCACCCCUCAGCGUGUGCCCACGGAAGACGAUAAGACAACCAAAAAAGCGAAAGAGCAGCCCCAGGCAGCGUGCACAGCCAAAGCCCAUCAGGCAGAACCUGGGAAAGAAAAAACAGAAAAGGAAGAUGACAAAUCGGACACCUCCAGUUCUCAGCAGCCUAAAAGCCCGCAAGGUCUGAGCGACACAGGAUAUUCUUCUGAUGGAAUAUCGAGUUCACUUGGUGAAAUUCCAAGUCUUAUUCCAAGUGAUGAAAAGGAUUUUCUAAAGGGACUCAAAAAGGACUCUUUUUCACAAGAAAGCAGCCCUUCCAGCCCCUCCGAUUUGGCUAAGUUAGAAAGUACAGUCCUAUCUAUUUUGGAAGCUCAAGCAAGUACCCUUACUGAUGAAAAGUCGGAAAAGAAAACACCACCCCAUGGGGUUUCUCCUGAGAAGCCUAAAGACCAACAGAAAACUCAGAUUUUAUCUGAAACCCUGGAAAUGACUACUUCAGAAGAGGGGCUCAAGGAGAGUCAAGAAAAGAAAGACACUCUUAAGAAAGACAGCCAGCAAGGCAUUCCUUCUGGCAAGGACUACAAAGAAAGGUCUGAGUUUGUUGAUGAUAUAACUACAAGAAGAGAGCCUUAUGAUUCAGUUGAAGACAGUAGUGAAAGUGAAAAUUCACCUGUUCCACAAAGAAAAAGGAGAACUAGUGUUGGUUCAUCAAGCAGCGAUGAGUACAAACAGGAAGACAGUCAAGGGUCAGGGGAGGAGGAGGACUUCAUUCGAAAACAGAUUAUAGAAAUGAGUGCUGAUGAGGAUGCUUCAGGUUCGGAAGAUGAUGAGUUUAUUAGGAACCAGCUCAAAGAGAUUAGUAGUAGUGUUGAGAGCCAGAAGAAGGAAGACACAAAAGGGAAAGGGAAAGUGACAGCGGGGAAACAUAGACGACUGACUCGGAAAAGUAGUACAAGCAUCGAUGAUGAUGCAGGGAGACGUCAUUCAUGGCAUGACGAAGAUGAUGAAACAUUUGAUGAAAGUCCUGAACUUAAAUACAGAGAAACAAAAAGUCAGGAGAGUGAAGAACUUGGAAUUGCUGGAGGGGGAGGACUCCGUCGAUUUAAAACGAUAGAUCUCAACAGUACAAUAGCCGAUAAAUAUUCUGCAGAAUCAUCACAGAAAAAAACAACUUUGUAUUUUGAUGAAGAGCCAGAAUUGGAAAUGGAAAGCCUGACGGACUCACCAGAAGAUAGGUCCAGGGGAGAGGGAUCUUCAAGUCUUCACGCUUCCAGCUUCACGCCUGGGACAUCACCUACAUCAGUGUCAUCACUUGACGAGGACAGUGACAGCAGCCCAAGUCACAAAAAAGGAGAGAGCAAACAGCAACGCAAAGCUCGACACAGAUCACAUGGCCCUCUUUUGCCUACCAUUGAAGAUUCUUCAGAGGAGGAAGAAUUGAGAGAGGAAGAAGAACUAUUAAAGGAACAAGAAAAGCAGCGGGAAUUAGAGCAGCAGCAAAGAAAGAGUUCUAGUAAAAAAUCAAAAAAAGACAAAGAUGAACUUAGAGCUCAGAGAAGGAGGGAAAGACCAAAGACACCGCCCAGUAAUCUCUCCCCCAUUGAAGACGCCUCCCCAACAGAAGAGUUACGGCAGGCUGCAGAAAUGGAGGAGCUCCAUAGAUCUUCUUGUUCUGAAUAUUCACCUAGCAUAGAAUCAGACCCAGAAGGUUUUGAAAUAAGCCCAGAAAAAAUAAUAGAAGUACAAAAAGUUUACAAAUUGCCCACAGCUGUGUCUUUAUAUUCGCCAACAGAUGAGCAAUCUAUUAUGCAGAAAGAAGGUAGUCAAAAGGCGUUAAAAAGUGCUGAGGAGAUGUAUGAAGAAAUGAUGCAUAAAACACACAAAUACAAAGCCUUUUCAGCUGCGACUGAACGCGAUGAAGUGUUUGAAAAAGAGCCCUUGUAUGGUGGGAUGUUAAUAGAGGAUUAUAUUUAUGAAUCUUUAGUAGAAGACACGUACAAUGGAUCAGUAGAUGGCAGUCUGCUAACCAGGCAAGAUGAAGAAAAUGGAUUUAUGCAACAGAGAGGAAGAGAGCAAAAAAUAAGACUUCCAGAGCAGAUUUAUGAAGAUCCUAUGCAGAAAAUUACAGACCUACAGAAAGAGUUUUAUGAGUUAGAAAGCCUACAUUCUAUUGUGCCUCAAGAAGACAUUGUUUCAAGCUCUUAUAUCAUCCCAGAAAGCCAUGAAAUAGUGGAUCUGGGUACUAUGGUGACUUCCAUGAGUGAAGAAAAGAAAUUACUAGAUGCUGAUGCUGCCUACGAGGAACUCAUGAAGAGGCAACAGAUGCAGGUCGCACCUGGAUCCAGCCCAACCCAGCUCCCUAUCAGUGAUGACAUGACAGAGUCCACUGUGGACUUUGACAGGGCUCCUGAUGCAUCUUUGACAUCAAGUGUUCUCUCGGGAGCAUCUCUAACAGAUUCCACCAGCAGUGCAACACUCUCUAUCCCAGAUGUUAAAAUAACCCAACACUUUUCAACAGAAGAACUUGAGGAUGAAUAUGUCACUGAUUAUACAAGAGAAAUUCAAGAGAUAAUUGCCCACGAAUCACUGAUUUUGACCUACUCUGAACCUUCAGAAAGUGCUGCAUCUGUCCCACCCUCUGACACACCUUCUCUCACAUCAUCUAUUUCUUCGGUUUCUACCACAGACAGCUCCUCUCCUGUUACUACCCUGGAUAGCAUAACUACAGUUUAUACAGAGCCAGUGGACAUAAUAACUAACUUUGAAGAUUCAGAGGAAAUUUCUUCAUCAACUUAUUUUCCUGGCAGCAUUAUAGACUAUCCAGAAGACAUAAGUGUAUCUUUAGAUCGGACACCCACACCAGAUGGUAGAGCUAGUGCUGAUCAUGUUGUGAUUUCCUUAUCUGAUGUGGCACCUUCCAUUAUAGAAUCAGUAGGAACUAAACCUACAGAGCGACCAAUCGCUGACACCAUUUCCACUGACAUAUCUGUCUCUGAAAAAGACCCAGCGAAGAAAGCUAAGAAGGAAAUGGGGAAUGGAAUUAUUCUGGAAGUUUUGGAAGCUUACAGAGAUAAAAAGACACAGUCUGAGGCUGAACUAACAACAACCAGUUUAUCUGAAACUGUGCUUGAUCAACCACCUUCUUCUGUAACAGCCCUUCCAAUGAAGGAGCCACUUUCAACUGCGUACUUUGGACCUGGAGAGAUCUUUGGUCAGGAAAAACCGGCACCUCCAUUACCAUCUGACAGUCCUAUUUCUGCUCUUUCAACUAAAACUCGUCCAUUCUUUAGAAGUUCUUCUUUGGAUAUAUCAGCUCAACCUCCUCCCCCACCUCCUCCUCCUCCACCCCCUCCUCCCCCACCACCCCCUCCUCCUCCUCCACCACCCCUUCCUCCACCAACUUCACCUAAACCAGCUAGUCAUCCUAAAAAAAAAGUAACAGCUCCAGCUCCAGUGACUCUAGCCACCACAGCUACGCCUGUGUUUGAUGCUGUUACUACUGUAGAGACCACAGCUGCUUCAAGGACUAAUGGGUUACCUGCAACAAAAAUAUGUACCCCUGUCCCUCCUCCUGUUCCUCCUAAACCAUCUUCAAUUCCAUCUGGACUCGUAUUUACCCAUAGACCUGAGCCACGCAAACCUCCAAUUGCCCCCAAACCAGCAGUUCCACAGCUUCCAGCAACUGCACAAAAACCAACAGAUAUACACCCCAAACCAACAGGUCUAUCUUUAGCUACAAGUAUGACCUUAAAUUUAGUGACUUCAGCAGAUUAUAAAUUGCCUUCCCCCACCUCCCCACUUUCCCCACACUCUAACAAGUCCUCACCAAGGCAUUCCAAAUCCCUCAUGGAAACUUAUGUGGUUAUUACAUUGCCAUCUGAACCUGGGACUCCAACAGAUUCUUCAGCUGUCCAACCAAUUACCAGUUGGCCCCUAGGAUCACCCCCCAAAGAGCUGGUUUCCAUUGAACCAGUGUUUUCUGUGGUUUCUCCUAUGGCAGCUGUUGAAAUUCCAAGCUCUUCAGAACAGAGUCCGUACAUCGCUGAUGCUUUGGGGGCAUUUCCUGCUGCCCCCGUCACAGCACUGUCAUCAUUUCCUGCAGCCCCCACCUUAGUUACACAGUUUCCUACAACAGAAGUUUCCAAGCCUGAGGUUUCAGCAACCAGAACUACAGCUCCCAGUGUUGAUCUCAGCAGUGUCUCUAUAUCAAUUCCUACAGAGCCUCUUGCUCUAGGUAACUUACAUUUAGAGAAGCCUCAGUAUAAGGAAGAUGGAAAAUUACAACUUGUUGGUGAUGUCAUUGAUUUGCGUACAGCACCAAAAGUAGAAAUUAAGACAACUGAAAAAGGUAUAGAUCUUUCUGCUUCUGCAAUGGAUGUGAAAAGGCAAAUGGCAGCAAAUGAAAUUUAUGGGAGACCAAUUAGUGCUGUCCAACCCUCUAUUAUAAAUCUCAGUGCGACUUCAGUAGUGACUCCUGUAUCUCUGGUCACUGAGACCAUGACCUUUGUCACAUGCCCAGCUAGUGCAAGUUACACUACAGCCACAGAAAACCUGGUCGGUGUACAACAUGCAAUGACCGCACCACUCCAGCUUACUACAGCAAAGCAUGCCGAGCCUUUGUAUAGGACAUCGAGUGACCAGGUCUUUCCCACAGUUAGGGAGGAAGCGCCAAUAAACUUAUCUCUAGGUACUCCAGCACAUGCAAUGACAAUGGCUGUUACAAAGCCUGUCACUGUGCCUCCUGUGGGUGUCACAAACGGAUGGACUGAUAGUGCAACAUCUCAGGGGAUCACUGAUGGAGAAGUAGUGGAUCUCAGUACAACCAAAACGCAUAGAACUGUUGUAACCAUGGACGAAUCUACUUCAGGUGUGAUGACCAAAAUAAUAGAAGAUGAUGAAAAACCUGUUGAUUUGACUGCAGGAAGAAGAGCUGUGUGCUGUGAUAUGGUUUAUAAGUUACCAUUUGGAAGGAGCUGCACAGCACAGCAGCCUGCAACUACUCUUCCUGAGGAUCGUUUUGGUUACAGAGAUGACCAUUAUCAAUACGAUCGAUCAGGGCCAUAUGGGUAUAGAGGGGUUGGGGGAAUUAAACCUUCCAUGUCUGACACUAAUUUAGCAGAAGCUGGACAUUUUUUCUAUAAAAGUAAGAAUGCCUUUGAUUAUUCUGAAGGAACUGAUGCAGCAGUAGAUCUAACUUCAGGGAGAAUUACUACAGGUGAGGUAAUGGAUUAUUCAAGCAAGACUACAGGUCCAUAUCCAGAAACACGACAAGUCAUUUCAGGAGCUGGGAUUAGUACCCCACAGUAUUCCACAGCAAGAAUGACACCACCUCCAGGACCCCAGUAUGGUGUGGGGAGUGUUUUGAGGUCAUCUAAUGGUGUUGUCUAUUCUUCAGUAGCAACUCCAAUACCCUCCACAUUUGCUAUCACCACACAACCUGGUUCCAUUUUCAGCACCACUGUGAGGGAUUUAUCUGGCAUUCACACAACUGACGCUGUGACUUCGUUAUCUGCCCUCCACCAGAGCCAGCCAAUGCCCAGGUCAUAUUUUAUAACAACAGGUGCAUCCGAAACAGACAUUGCAGUAACCAGUAUUGAUAUCAAUGCCACUUUGCAAACUAUUACCAUGGAAACUCUUACUGCUGAGGCAAUAGACUCUGUUCCUACUUUAACCACAGCGUCUGAAGUAUUUUCUGAAGUGGUGGGAGAUGAAAGCACUCUUGUAGUUGUUCCUGAAGAAGAUAAACAACAACAACAGUUAGACUUGGAACGUGAGCUCUUGGAACUAGAGAAAAUUAAGCAACAGCGCUUUGCAGAGGAACUGGAGUGGGAACGUCAGGAAAUUCAAAGGUUCCGAGAACAGGAAAAGAUCAUGGUUCAGAAAAAGCUGGAGGAGCUGCAGUCUAUGAAACAACACCUUCUCUAUCAGCAGGAAGAAGAGCGGCAGGCCCAGUUCAUGAUGAGGCAGGAGACGCUAGCCCAGCAGCAGAUACAGCUUGAGCAGAUUCAACAGUUGCAACAACAGCUACACCAGCAGCUGGAGGAGCAGAAGAUUCGCCAGAUCUACCAGUAUAACUAUGACCCCUCUGGGACUGCUUCUCCACAAACCACGACAGAGCAGGCAAUUUUGGAAGGUCAGUAUGCUGCCCCAGAAGGCACUCAAUUUUGGGCAACUGAAGACACAACCACCACAGCUUCAGCCGUUGUGGCCAUUGAAAUACCACAAAGCCAAGGGUGGUACACAGUCCAGUCUGAUGGUGUCACUCAAUACAUCGCCCCACCUGGCAUCCUGAGCACGGUUUCAGAAAUUCCUCUAACAGAUGUUGUUGUAAAAGAGGAAAAACCACCCAAAAAGAGAAGUUCUGGGCCUAAAGUCCGAGGACAGUAUGAUGAGAUAGGAGAAAAUGUGGCAGAUGAUUCUCGGUCUUUUAGAAAGAUAGUAGACAGUGGUGUACAAACUGACGAUGAGGACGCCACAGACCGGAGUUACGUCAGCAGGAGAAGGAGAACUAAGAAGAGCGUUGAUACCAGUGUCCAGACUGAUGAUGAAGAUCAGGAUGAAUGGGAUAUGCCCACUAGGUCAAGGAGGAAAGCUCGUGGAGGGAAAUACGGUGACAGCACGACAGAGGCAGACAAGGCCAAGCCCCUUUCCAAAGUCUCCAGCAUAGCCGUCCAAACGGUAGCAGAGAUAUCUGUGCAAACUGAACCCGUCGGAACCAUAAGAACACCUUCGAUACGGGCACGAGUGGAUGCCAAGGUAGAAAUAAUUAAACACAUUUCAGCACCUGAAAAGACUUACAAAGGGGGCAGUUUAGGAUGUCAAACAGAAGCAGAUUCAGACACACAAAGUCCUCAAUAUCUGAGUGCCACAUCUCCACCCAAAGACAAGAAACGCCCAACACCUUUAGAGAUUGGUUAUUCAUCUCACCUCCGGGCAGAUUCCACACUACAGCUGGCUCCUUCCCCACCCAAAUCCCCCAAAGUCCUUUAUUCACCCAUCUCACCACUUUCACCAGGCAAAGCCUUAGAAUCAGCCUUUGUACCUUAUGAAAAACCCCUCCCUGAUGAGAUAAGUCCACAGAAAGUACUGCAUCCAGAUAUGGCUAAAGUUCCCCCAGCAAGUCCUAAGACAGCCAAGAUGAUGCAGCGUUCUAUGUCUGACCCCAAGCCUCUGAGUCCAACAGCAGAUGAAAGUUCCAGGGCUCCUUUUCAGUAUACCGAGGGCUACACGACAAAAGGUUCUCAAACCAUGACACCUUCUGGAACCCAGAAAAAAGUAAAGAGAACUCUGCCAAAUCCACCUCCUGAGGAGACUUCCACGGGUACUCAGGCCACAUACAGCAGCAUGGGCACAGUUUCCAGGAGAAGGAUCUGCAGAACUAACACAAUGGCACGAGCCAAGAUUCUCCAGGACAUAGACAGAGAGCUUGAUCUCGUGGAAAGGGAAUCUGCAAAGCUUAGAAAGAAACAGGCAGAGCUUGAUGAAGAAGAAAAGGAGAUUGAUGCCAAGCUACGGUACCUAGAAAUGGGAAUUAACAGGCGGAAAGAGGCAUUGUUAAAGGAGAGAGAAAAGAGAGAGCGAGCCUACCUCCAGGGAGUGGCUGAAGACCGUGAUUACAUGUCUGACAGCGAGGUGAGCAGCACCAGACCAGCCCGGAUAGAAAGUCAGCACGCCAUCGAGAGACCAAGAACUGCUCCCCAAACUGAAUUCAGCCAAUUUAUACCACCACAAACGCAAACAGAAUCUCAACUGGUGCCUCAGACAAGUCCUUACACACAAUACCAAUACUCUUCCCCUGUGCUUCCUACCCAAGCACCCACCCCAUACACCCAGCAGUCCCAUUUUCAGCAACAGACUUUGUACCAUCAGCAAGUUUCACCAUACCAAACUCAGCCAACGUUCCAAGCUGUGGCCACUAUGUCCUUCACACCUCAAGCUCAACCUACCCCAACCCCACAACCUUCUUAUCAGUUACCAUCACAGAUGAUGGUGAUACAGCAGAAGCCACGGCAAACUACAUUAUAUUUGGAGCCCAAGAUAACUUCAAACUAUGAAGUGAUUCGCAACCAGCCGCUGAUGAUAGCACCUGUCUCUACUGAUAAUACAUAUGCUGUUUCUCAUCUUGGUAGUAAGUACAAUACACUGGACUUGAGAAUAGGUUUGGAGGAAAGAAGCAGCAUGGCAAGCAGUCCAAUAUCAAGCAUAUCUGCAGAUUCCUUCUAUGCAGAUAUUGAUCAUCACACUCCACGAAAUUAUGUCCUAAUUGAUGACAUUGGUGAGAUUACCAAAGGAACAACAGCAUUAAGCACCGCAUUUAGCCUUCAUGAAAAAGAUCUGUCAAAAACAGACCGUCUCCUUCGAACCACCGAGACACGUAGGUCUCAAGAAGUGACAGAUUUUCUAGCUCCAUUACAGACUUCCUCCAGGCUGCAUAGUUACGUGAAGGCGGAGGAAGACCCGAUGGAGGAGCCUUAUGAGUUAAAGCUUCUGAAACAUCAGAUAAAGCAAGAAUUUCGUAGAGGGACAGAGAGCUUAGAUCACCUUGCUGGUCUUUCACAUUAUUACCAUGCCGAUACUAGUUACAGACAUUUUCCAAAGUCUGAAAAGUAUAGCAUCAGUAGACUCACACUUGAAAAACAAGCAGCAAAACAACUACCAGCAGCCAUACUUUAUCAAAAGCAAUCAAAGCAUAAGAAAUCACUCAUUGACCCUAAAAUGUCAAAAUUUUCACCUAUUCAAGAAAGUAGGGACCUCGAACCUGAUUAUUCGAGCUAUAUGACUGCUAGCACUUCAUCUAUUGGUGGCAUUUCUUCCAGGGCAAGACUUCUUCAAGAUGACAUCACUUUUGGCCUCAGAAAAAAUAUUACAGACCAACAAAAAUUUAUGGGGUCAUCUCUUGGCACCUUAGGAAGUACCAUACGGUCAGCUCUGCAGGAUGAAGCAGAUAAGCCAUACAGUAGUGGUAGCAGGUCAAGACCUUCCUCCAGACCUUCCUCUGUCUAUGGCCUUGAUUUAUCAAUUAAAAGAGAUUCUUCUAGCUCUUCGCUGAGACUGAAAGCUCAAGAGGCUGAGGCUCUAGAUGUUUCCUUUGGUCAUGGAUCACCCUCUGCAAGAACUAAGCCUACCAGUUUGCCCAUUAGUCAGAGUAGAGGAAGAAUACCAAUUGUUGCCCAGAAUUCUGAAGAAGAAAGCCCACUCAGUCCCGUUGGUCAGCCAAUGGGAAUGGCCAGGGCUGCAGCUGGACCACUGCCACCAAUAUCUGCAGACACCAGGGAUCAGUUUGGAUCGAGUCACUCAUUGCCUGAAGUUCAGCAACAUAUGAGAGAAGAAUCACGGACUCGAGGCUAUGACCGUGACAUAGCAUUCAUCAUGGAUGACUUCCAACAUGCCAUGUCAGACAGUGAAGCCUAUCACCUGCGUCGUGAGGAAACAGAUUGGUUUGAUAAACCCAGGGAGUCUCGUUUGGAAAAUGGACACGGUCUGGACCGAAAACUGCCAGAAAGAUUGGUCCACUCUAGACCGCUCAGUCAACACCAAGAGCAAAUUAUACAGAUGAACGGCAAGACCAUGCACUACAUCUAUCCUCAUGCCAGGAUCAAAAUAACAAGAGACUCCAAGGAUCACACAGUUUCAGGUAAUGGAUUAGGAAUUAGAAUUGUAGGUGGUAAAGAAAUUCCUGGACAUAGUGGAGAAAUUGGAGCCUAUAUCGCCAAGAUUCUUCCUGGGGGAAGCGCAGAACAAACAGGGAAACUCAUGGAAGGCAUGCAGGUGUUGGAAUGGAAUGGAAUUCCCUUAACCGCUAAGACAUAUGAAGAAGUCCAGAGUAUCAUUAGUCAGCAAAGUGGGGAAGCAGAAAUAUGUGUAAGACUGGACCUCAAUAUGCUAUCUGAUUCUGAAAACCCCCAGCACCUGGAGCUUCACGAGCCACCCAAAGCUGUGGAUAAAGCAAAAUCCCCCGGGGUUGAUCCGAAGCAGUUGGCAGCAGAACUCCAGAAGGUUUCGCUACAGCAGUCACCGCUGGUUCUGUCAUCGGUAGUUGAAAAAGGAUCUCACGCUCAUUCAGGUCCUACAUCAGCGGGAUCCAGUUCAGUUCCCAGCCCUGGGCAGCCAGGGUCGCCCUCAGUGAGCAAGAAGAAGCACAGCAGCAGCAAGCCCACUGAUGCAACAAAGGUUGUCUCUCAUCCAAUUACGGGGGAAAUUCAGCUGCAAAUCAACUAUGAUCUUGGAAAUCUUAUAAUACAUAUUCUUCAAGCAAGAAAUCUUGUCCCUCGAGACAACAAUGGUUAUUCUGACCCUUUUGUUAAAGUGUAUCUUCUUCCGGGGCGAGGUCAAGUCAUGGUUGUCCAGAAUGCAAGUGCUGAGUACAAGAGAAGGACUAAAUAUGUUCAGAAAAGUCUUAAUCCUGAGUGGAACCAAACAGUAAUUUAUAAAAGUAUUUCCAUGGAGCAGCUCAAGAAGAAAACGCUGGAGGUAACAGUUUGGGAUUAUGAUAGAUUUUCUUCCAAUGACUUCCUUGGAGAGGUAUUGAUUGAUUUAUCUAGCACAUCUCACCUCGAUAAUACUCCAAGGUGGUAUCCGCUCAAAGAACAGACUGAAAGCAUUGAUCAUGGCAAAUCCCAUUCCAGCCAGAGCAGCCAGCAGUCCCCCAAGCCGUCUGUUAUCAAAAGCAGAAGUCACGGUAUCUUCCCUGACCCAUCAAAGGACAUGCAGAUUCCCACCAUUGAGAAAUCUCACAGUAGUCCCGGGAGCUCCAAAUCAUCAUCUGAAGGCCAUCUCCGCUCGCACGGACCAUCUCGCAGUCAAAGCAAAACCAGCGUCACUCAGACCCACCUGGAAGACGCAGGGGCUGCCAUAGCUGCUGCAGAAGCUGCCGUGCAACAACUCCGCAUUCAACCAACAAAGCCCACCAAUCACCGGCCUGCAGAAAGCUCCGUGUCCACCGGCUCCUCGGGCAGCAGCUUUGGCAGUGGGUAUAGCGUGGACAGUGAAGGCAGCAGCAGCACUGCAGGGGAGACUAAUCUAUUUCCUAUUCCAAGGAUAGGGAAAAUGGGACAGAAUGGACAAGAGCCUGUAAAACAGCCAGGGGUUGGAGUCGGACUAACAGACACCGAAGCUAAAACUCAGGUAAUGGGAGAAAUCAAGAUUGCCCUGAAGAAGGAAAUGAAGACGGAUGGUGAACAACUAAUAGUUGAAAUUCUCCAAUGCAGAAAUAUCACGUACAAAUUUAAGUCUCCUGAUCAUUUACCAGAUUUAUAUGUGAAAAUAUACGUGAUGAACAUCUCUACUCAGAAAAAGGUGAUCAAGAAAAAAACAAGAGUCUGCAGACACGAUCGGGAGCCUUCUUUCAAUGAAACCUUUAGAUUCAGCCUGAGUCCUGCAGGCCACUCUCUUCAGAUUUUGCUUUUCUCCAAUGGAGGGAAGUUUAUGAAAAAGACCUUGAUUGGUGAAGCCUGCAUCUGGCUUGAUAAAGUGGAUCUCAGAAAAAGAAUAGUCAACUGGCACAAACUUUUGGUCAGUCCUACUCAAACGCACUGAAGGAAUGUGUCUGCUCAGGGUAUAGAAACUGCUCUAAAUAACUGCAAAGCCAGUCUUAUGGUUGGAUACGAUUGUACUAAGCUACAUUUCCAGAGGCAAAUGUGAGAGGGGACCAAGUGCUGAAAGCAAACUUAAAGCCUUGUAAAUUUACUGUUACAGAACACACACACAUA